CCCACGCUCCACUUAUUUAACUCGACGCCUUUUUUUUUGUAAAGUUUACGUAGCCACGAAGGGGGCAUUUUCGUCAACUAACACGCGACCUAAUGCGACAAGAAAUAGAUAUACAUAAAAGAAAUUGAUAAAUAGAUUCUAACGCUUUUUUUUUUGGAAUAAGAAACCUGACUGAAAUAGUUCCCGCGCAUUGACUUUUAGGCAGUUGAAAUAAAACAAUAAUAAUGACAUUCGUCUUUCUGUGAAACCAGAUUUUGUUAAUAUUAUCGUUAUAUAACUAGUAUUACGAUCAUAAGUAUGACAAGCGUUUUUAAUGACUAUCGAAUUCGUGGACACAAUAUACUUGGAAUGCCGUUGAAUCGACAUCUUUCGUCUCCAAUUUUUUGUCAAACGCAUGUUGCGAGCACAUCGAUGAGUACUGAGCGACCGGUACCAUGUCUACCUGAUUAUCUCAGCAGUUAUUUUGCGUUAACAUUAGACAUUUUAUGCUGCAUUCAAGCUCAGCCAACUUGUGUCGGUAAAUAAACAUUAAUUUUUUCCGUGGUACCAAAAAUGAUUCUGGCCAAACAAUCUUCUAGCAAAACCAGUAACGCGUUUUGUACGCGCCACAUAAUAUUUGAAAUUCGCGCCCCAUCAGCCCUUUCCAAGCUUCUAACUUCGCAUGGUUACAUCUUGAUGGCAGCCAUCAUAUGGCGUUGCACGUCUUUUUUCUCCCGCAUACCUAACUUUUCAACGAUUCUGUAUGCUGUUGAAACAAUAUGUCACGACAAAGCCUCCACGGCCCUGUAGACUUGCUGUCUCCUUUUGUUGCACGUGAACCGUAGUCUCCACGAUCCGUCGUUUAUUGGAUGUUGUUUUUAUUAGUCUCCUGUUUGGACAUCGUACAAGCAGAAAAGCAUUGGGGCAUCCAACAACAGUAGAGUUAUGUGGCAGUCGUACUGCGUAAAUCUGAGCAGCUGAUCUAUCAGUAACCCCAGUAAACUGUGUCUCUCCUGACAGACAGUGAUUGUGGUGUUUAGCUGCUUGGGAGAUUGUGCCUUUAUCAUUAGUGCGAUUGCAUGGCGUUGUGAUGUGUGUGGCUGGAUGGCAAAGAGCAGUGCUAUACCGUUUUGCGAGGCGAUUGCCGACUGGCGGGCACGACGACGAUGUUUUUAUUAGCUGCUAUGUGAUGAGAACUUCAAGCGAGGUGUUGAUCAGCUAAUGAAUUUGGAUCAAAUGGAGUCACUUGGUUGGCUUGAGGGAGCAAAGAACAACUACGAAGAAUAGAACCGUAGCAAUUUUUUUGCUUGGAUACGCUGGCAGCGUACGUUGUAAACAAGACUACAGCUGGGAAGCAUCGCGUUCUCAUUGCUGUAACUAUUGUUCCCAUCGCUUAUAGCGAGGGCGAUGGCGAGUCAGCUGUGAUUGCUCACGGCCUUACGUUGCUUCCCAGUAUACGCACGCUACUCCAACAGCAAGCCGUAUCACGACAACUACUACGUCAGACACUAUUACUGGUAGUACAACUGUUAUAUUCGGUGCAGCAGUCGGUCGUCGCCUUCUACUGUUGCUGUUGUUGUUGUUUGUUACUUUUGGUUGAGUCGUCUUAUCGUUUGGCAGCUUUCGUCGCCCGCUUCGAAAGAUUCCCACUCAUUGUUUCGAUAUAGCUAAUACCGUUACAACGUAACUGGGAGCGAUGAUAUCAUAACAACAAUUGUGAAGUGGAGCGUCGUCUAUCAAGAGUACUAUAUCAUCAUUAUUAUAGACGUCUGGAAAUCCUGUUGUUGUGUGAUGCUGUUGUGUUGAUUUUGUAAAUCCUGAAUCCAACUCAGCUUUGCUCUCCUUUGUUUGGUCUAUUUGUUUACGGUGUGCGUCUUUUCCGAGGAGUUUAAGGGUUGCAUGAAAACGAUACGCAGAGACGCGAUGUCGCCUGCGGUGCGCUGGCUGUUGCCUUGGGGUUAUUGUUGACAGGGGGUUGGGACGGCGGCUGGCGCGAGUCGCCUUCCUUCCCACUGCUUGAGUACCCCCAAAACAAUGUACAGUUGUUUAGCAUAUCGACAUCACCACCAUACCACUUGCUAACCAGGUACCGAAUUAGUACCCGGAAGUUGAAUGAAUCAAUUACGCUAAAGGCGACAGGCACUGUUGUGAAUUCAGCCAGCCACUGCUAAAGGCUAACUCUAAGAGCAGUUCUGAUUUGUUCGUACUUUAAAGCUGUGUCAAAUAAUUACAUUUUUGGAUCGUGCAAUAAGUACUGCGCUAAAAAAGUCAUCUCGAAUAAUUCCGGAACAAAAGGACGUUGUUUGUAAUCGAGAACAAUCCAAAUCGCUAGCGUCGACGCCAAUGAGGGGGGUAAAGGACGUCUUCGGUCUGGUCGCCUUGGCGGCGGCAAUCAGCUUACCCGGUUUGCCAUUUAGCGAGGCUCGUCUAGAAAUUAUACCGCCAAAUUCGAAAGAUAAAGAGAUCAGGAUCGACGAAUUACAACCGAUCACCUAUGCAAUGCCACCAGAUGAUGGAGCUAUGGGGAAAUUGGUCGUAGCAAAACCUGUCAAUGCAUGCUCUCCGAUACAAUCCGUUCCGUAUCCAAGCAAAGACAGCUUCUCAUGGUUUGUGCUAGUGCGACGGUACGACUGUAACUUCGCUGCAAAGUUACGCAACGCUCAACGGGCCGGCUAUUCUGGAGUGAUUAUUUAUGACUUCGAAGGACCAGAUUUGAGCUUCACGCGUAUGCCUCGGCCAUAUGGUUAUGGGGAUACCCGGGUGUACGCGGUUCUGGUGACAAAGCAUGAUGGAGCAUUGCUUGCACAAUGUACGUACGACAAGGAUUUCUACAUCGAAUGGUUCCCGGCGUCUUCAGCCAACCUACUCAACUAUCUCAUUCCGUGCAUUGUGAUCAUCUUAUUCUGCAUUCUCUUAAUUGCUUGUCUCGUUGUCGUGCAACAAUGCACAAGAUGGUUUCGGGAGCGUCGGCGCAACGCCAAGUACCGCCUUGCUAGAAAAUACCUUAAACAACUGCCGAUCAAACGCUGGGCGAAAGGAGAAGAGUUCAAAAACUACGAAGUGUGCUCCAUAUGUCUGGAUGAAUAUCAAGAGGGUGACAAACUACGAGUCCUACCAUGCCUGCAUGGUUAUCACGCUAGGUGCAUUGAUCCAUGGUUAACAAAGAAUCGUCGUGUGUGUCCGCUGUGUAAACGGAAGAUCGUUUUGCCAGGGAUGCCCGAGGACUCGUCAGAUGAUGAGACGGCACCCCUGCUGGGAACAAGACAAGAGUCCAGCGGGGGCACCUUCCGUCCAAGCGAGCCCUCUAACCAAACCGUCCAAAUCGAGGUUCAUCCUAAUGUGGAAUCCGAACCACAGUUAAGCGCUGUUGGACGAGUGAUGGCACCCGGGGGCCUAUAUUCAGUCAACGAUGAAGUGGAGGUGUUGCCUAGACCCAGACGGAACAAGAAGAGGAAGCGUCUAAGACGACCACGGGAGCCCCUGGAUGACAUCACUGUAGCAGGACCAUCAGGCUCGACCGAUUCAGGGGCCUUGGCUAGUGCGCCCCAAGCAGUCACCGUUAGACUAGAAUUGACAACGUUGGCGAAGCUUAUUGCUGCAGCGAAAACUCUCAUCGCCAAAAAGAAUCGGUUUUCAACAGGCCGAGGAUGUGGCAGGCAAGCGAAGAGCAGCGGACAAAGUGUACGCGGGAGACAACAUAACGAUGAUGUUAUUUCGCUUUUUGAGACGGCAAGAUGAUUGCAUGUGAAUCGAUAACGCCAACGACUGGAAAGGGCUGGCAAUGAAGGCAAAGCGGAGAUACGAACAGAAUCGUGGAUGGAGUGGACAAGUAUACAGAUAGAGGAACAAACGGUCAGAAGAAUGACAACGGUUAGUCGCUGUUACUAUUACAAAAUUGCCGCUGUUAGUGCGACAUUUUUCACCAGCUUUGUUUUGUCUGAUGACAGAAAUUGUUGCUUUUGCAGCGACCGCUUUUGCCAUAUGGCUUCAGACGAUCAACAAGGUCUGAAGCAGACAUCAUCGUCUGGCCGAAUGGACGACGAUUUUGUUGUAACAACAGAUCUAGUGACCUAACGAAAACAAGAAGCUUUCU